GCGUAUGUCUUGUGACCGUUUUGCCUGCUUGACCUGCUUGACUGCUUUUCGUUUUGACUUGAUACAUUUUUGUCCAAAAUGGCGGCGUCUUUGCAACAUUUCUCUCUGCACGAUUGUAAACUAGCCCUUCAAGAUAUUCUUCGGGCAUUCAGGGAUUCCGACAACAUCAGACGUCUUGAGGAUGCGAGGGAGAGUGCGGGCAACGACAUGCUGAGGGCGAUGCAGACAGUGUUCCCCGUGGCUGCCCAGAUACAGAUGGAGGUCAUUGAGAAAUAUGGCUUCCCUUCAGAUGGUGACGGUGUUAUAAGAUUCACGCAGGCAGUUAAAGUGUAUGAGAAACAAGACCAGGACGUGGCGCAGAUGAAUCAUCAGCUGAGGGCCAUACUGAUCCCUCCUAUUCGGGCAAGCUCAGGGCAUACCACAAAUGGGUCUGGAUGAAGUCAGGUGUUAUCACAAGAGGGUUAAAUGGAAACAAGGCAUAAUGCAUUUGCGUAAAGUAUUGUCCAAGAUUUGACUGUGCGGUUCAUAUAGGCUUAUCAGGGGCAACACUUUUUGCUUUCAUGGAAUUUUGUUUAAAUAAAGUCUCUUUACGUAAAUGCAGUUUAGGAGGAAAGUGUUGUCCCUGAAUAGCCUGUUCGGAAUGCACAGGCUUAUUUGAGACGUCAGCAAGAAGUGCUUAUACUCUACAUCAUCAUGUAAAAUUUGUCUUGAUUUAGUGAGGGGACUGUGAACUCAUCCAAUUUUGCCAAGUUUGUGUGGACUCUUACAGUUGACAGGUGUCUUUGUGAAUGUUGAACGAAUUGUGAACAGACUGUUUUGUGCAAUAUAGCCUUUGACAUGGCUAUUCUGCGAUUUGCAAAAUUUGCAAAUGGCUACAAAUUGGCCAAGUUUUAGCUAAAGAAAACUCCAUUUGGCUACAAUUUUUUAAUUAUUUUUCCAUAGCAAUCCGAUUUGGCUAAAGAAGUUUUUAAGCCAUGAAACUUUGGUGUCUACAUAUCGUGUGUUAAUGGUUUUAAUGAAGAAAUAAGACCAAUAAAUCUUUGUGUUAGUUUAUAUGUAAAGAUAUUGAAGUUGUUAGUGAAGUAUGUUCAGCUCUACAGGCUUCAAUGAAGGAAAAUAAAACAUGAUCCAUUUAGACUUUGUUUGCAAAGUACAGGAAACAUUUGUUUAUUACAAACCCAAAUAGCAUUUUUCUGGAUUUCAUUGGUGUAUAAAUUGAAGGGAAAACUAUGCUUAAUAUGCAUAAACGCCAACAGUAUUGUGCAACUUGUGUAUGAGGUCGCCGUGGCGUUGUGGAUAUGGUGUCUACCUAGUGAUCGGAAGGUCACGGGUUCAAUCCCCACUGUGGGAGCAUUCUUUAAAUCUCCCCCAUAUACACCAAGGAAACGGACUUGAGAGCGUUUCAUAUAAGCCUUAGGCUUGUUAUGCAAUUAAGCUUAAAUAAAUAGGUUUAAAAAAAAACAAAAAAAACUUUGUUUUUGAAAAAUUAGUAUGGUCAUGAUAUUUAUAUUAAAAUGUGCAUAUGUUUCAUCGGGAAAUGGAAAAAAAGAUUAUCCAAUCAGAAUUCAGCGCUUACGAUAAUAUGUGAAAAAAGUUGUAAUAAUAUUUUUUUUCAAUAUACGUAUAAAACUUAUCCCUGUUGUGUUUCUUUUCUUGAAUGUCAAUUGAAAUACAAAUUUGCUGCAGUGUGUACUGGUGAAAUUCUGUUAUAGUGGAAUAAAUUACCAUACUCAGAAAAUCCUAGGCUUAUGGAUAUUUACAAGACUUUUGUAUGUGACUACUGUUUUGUAAAGCUUGUUUAAGGUAUUUGUUACAUCGUUUUCUACUUUUGUCUUCGUUUUUCCCGCAGAAAAAGAGGAGCACAUUAUUGCUGCUUUAACUUUUAUAAUUGAAUUUUGCUGUGUUAGUCAUGUUUUUUAGCUCACCUGUCACGAAGUGACAUGGUGAGCUUAUGUGACCGUGUAAUGUCCAGCGUCCGUUGUGCGUGUGCGUGCGUCCGUCAACAAUUUGUUUGUGUAGACAGUAGAGGUCACAGUUUUCAUUCAAUCUUUAUGAAAUUUGGUCAGAAUGUUUAUCUUGAUGACGGCUAAUGGUGUUGUUCACCCUCGGGACGGUUAAAAACCAAGGUGGAGCACACUGCUGAACAUAAAACUCUGCGUUAAAAAGCCGAAUUCGGCCAUAAUAUGGACGGCCCGAUUUUUCUGGGCUGUACUAUUUAUAAUAUAAGAUACUUUGCAGUGUGGAGUAGUUUAAUAUAGCUUUACUUUAUUAUUCAAGAGACGUUUAAAACGCAAUUAACAAUAAUUGGACAACGCCGUGUCUAACGCUGUUAAAAAGCGGAAUGGCGAAAUGAUGAAAUCUGGGUUGGGAUUGUAUUUGGGUCAUCUGGGGUCAAAAACUAGGUCAUUAGGUCAAAAACUAGGUCACUAGGUCAAAUAAUAGACAAUAGAGGUCGCAGUUUUCAUCCAAUCUUUAUGAAAUUUGGUCAGAAUGUUUACCUUGAUGAAAUCUUGGUGUAUUGUAUUUGGGUCAUCUGGGGUCAAAAACUAGGUCAAUAGGUCAAAUAUUUGAAAAACUUUGUGUAGACAAUGGAGAUCACAGUUUUCAUCCAAUCUUUAUGAAAUUUGGUCAGAAUGUUUAUCUUGAUGAAAUCUGGGUUUGGAUUGUAUUUGGGUCAUCUGGGGUUAAAAACUAGGUCACUAGAUCAAAUAAAAGAAAAAUCUUGUGUAGACAAUAGAGGUCACAGUUUUCAUCCAAUCUUUAUGAAAUUUGAUCAGAAUGUUUAUCUUGAUAAAAUCUAGUUUGGGAUUGUAUUUGGGUCAUCUGGGGUCAGAAUCUAGGUCACUAGGUCAAAUCAUAGAACACCCUUGUGUAGACAAUAGAGGUUACAGUUUUCAUCAGAUCUUAAUUAAAUAUUGUCAGAAUGUUUGUCUUGUUAAUAUCUGUGUUGGGAUUGAAUUUGGGUCAUCUAGGGUCAAAAACUAGGUCACUAGGUCAAAUUAAAUAAACAACUUUUGUAGACAGUAGAGGUCAUAGUUUUCAUCCAAACUUAAUUAAAUUUGGCAAGAAUGUUAAUCUUGAUGAAAUCUGGGUUGGGAUUGUAUUUGGGUCUUCUAGGGUAAAAAACUAGGUCACUAGGUCAAAUCAUAGAAAAACCUUGUGUAGACAAUAGUGGUCAUAGUUUUUAUCAGAUCUUAAUGAAGUAUGGUCAGAAUGUUCAUCUUGAUAAUAUCUGAUUUUGGAUUGUAUAUGGGUCACCUGGGGUCAAAAAUUAAGUCACCGGGCCAAUUCUAGUAAAACUUUGUGUAGAUGAAAGAGGUCACAGUUUUCAUCACAUCUUAAUGACAUUUUGUCAGAAUGUAUUUAUUAAUGAAAUCUUUCUUGGGAUAAUUGUAUAUGGGUCUGAUAGAAUUUAAGUUGAUGUACAUGUAGCAAGGUUAUUCAGGUGAGCGAUUCAGGGCCAUCAUGGCCCCUAUUGUUUAAUAUACUAUAUGUAUGUAUUACACUUAGUUUCAACCAAAAUUCCUGGAACUACUCGCCUGCUUUUGAUAAAAACGUAUGUGCAUUUUUAGAAUGGACAGGCACAUAUUGUCAUUUUGAUGAGGUUUAAUGAAUUUUUAUAGAGUUAUUGCCUUUGAUCACAAAAUAGUACAUUAUCUAAAAAAAGUUUUGUUUCCUUAAAUGAUCUCCAGGACUUAAGAAUAACAUUUUAUUAAACUUAGCAGCUCUAAAUGGUGGACAUGCAGACAAACUUGUGUCAUUUUGUUCCAAGGAUUCAUGAGAUAUUGCCUUUUGAUUUAAAAUUGGAGAUUUUCUUAUGAAUCUUUCCUGUCAACACAAUUUUCUUUGUAUUAUAUUUUCUAUGUUUGUUUUUUUCGUUUAAGAUAUAUUUCUUUAAUUUCUUUUUCCAAUGCUUGCAAUCAACCUAUCAUUGACACAUUAUCAGGUUGCAAUCCAUCAGUUUCACUGAUAUGAUUAUUUGUUUUUAAAUGUAUUUCCUUGAUGUAAUCAAAAUGUUUUUAUUUUGUGAAAUGUAACAUUGAUUGAAUGCAUUGAACUUUCUAGUGUCAUAAUAAUUGUUCUAUUAUUAUUUUUUGCAUAUACAAUGUGACAUUCACAAUAAUGAGGUGUUCUCGUGAUGAGAUACAAAUGUAUUUAUGUUUUGUACAUAUUUGAACAGUAAUGUAUUUAUAAACUCUAAUAAUGCUU